AUGCACUCUCCCAAGAAAAAACAAAAUCUCUCUAGCAAUACACACCAAACUGAAAAUGUGCAGUUUGUCCCCGAGGCUCUGUACUAUCAAGAGAUGAGUCAGGGACAGUAGAAGAAGGGGAGGAUCAGAGAAGACAGAAUCAAACAGCCUUUUUACACAAUGCAGAAGAUUAACCCCUUAAGUUCCACAGUGAGUAUAACAAGUAUGCUGUACUGCCAGGGGCGGACUGACAACUCAUGGGGCCCCCGGGCAAUAGGGGAUCAUGGGGCCCCUGUGUCCUUGCCCAAACUCAAAAAAGCCUAUGAAAAAGGUACCAGGAGCAUCUCAUGGGGCCCCCUACUGACCCUGGGCCCUCGGGCACUGCCCGAGUUUCCAAAUGGUCAGUCCGCCCCU